AUGCAGCCGCCCAGCACCAGCACAAGAACCAGCAUCGGCAGCAGUGAACGGGAAACGUGCAGUUCCUGCGCAAGAUUGUUCAAGUCAAAGCAUGCGCUCGAUCAGCACGUCAAAGCCAUACAUAAUUUCGACUGCAUCAGCUGUCGUCGGCACUUCAAAUCGGCAGCGGCACUGAGCGACCACACUAGAGAUGUGCACGGUGGCCGUCUACCCGCCCCUCAACAGGCGACGACACCACCCGAGCGGGUCAGCCAAUACUCUGUUCAAGAUUCUGUAGCUGUUACAAGAUCCGCUCCACCGUUACACCAACGCAAUGCCAACCCCAGGGCCAAUGGCAAUGACGCGGCCCGAAACGGCACUAAAGCCACAGUCACUACAGCAUGCUGUGUCGAUAGCGUGUCGCAGACCUCAGCCACGCCUAGAUAUAAAACUCGCGCCUGGGUGGCAAACAACAUCGUCAACAAGAUUACCUCUCGGUCCCAGACGGCCGCUCUAGCGCUCCCGCGCGCGGUACCGACCUUGACGGCGUUCGCCUGUCCAAUCGCGAUUAGUAGUGAGCUGCUACUACCACCAUACUGCCUCGUAGACACAGCGACCGUGCUCGCCGCAGUCGUCGACGCCCUCUCCGGCCUGCCCACCCAACCGCCCUCCAUCUACAUAGAUCUCGAAGGCGUCAACCUAUCCCGGCACGGCAGCAUCUCCAUCUUGCAGCUGCACGUCCUGCCCACGCGGCAUACCUACCUCAUCGACAUAUACACGCUGCGCGGAGAGGCCUUCACCACCCACGGCCUAUCUGUCGGCCAGACCCUCGGCGCAUUACUGGAGUCCCCUGAUAUUCCCAAGGUAUUUUUCGACGUGCGCAACGACUCAGAUGCCCUGCACGCGCACUUCGGCAUCCGUCUCGGAGGGAUCCAGGACCUCCAACUAAUGGAGCUCGCGACGCGGAAGUUUGCGCGGCGCACCGUGAAAAGCCUGGUGCGUUGCAUCGAGCAGGACUCGCAGCUGACGCUGCGCGAUCGUACCGCCUGGAUGAAGUGCAAGGACGACGGCGUGCGGCUCUUCCUUCCCGAGCGCGGCGGGAGCUACGAGGUGUUCGACCAACGCCCGCUGUCGGCGGAAAUCUUGCGGUAUUGCGUGCAGGACGUACAUCUCUUGCCGAGGCUGUGGACAAGAUACGACAGGAAGAUGACGAAGAAGUGGUGGUGGAGGGUCGGGCGUGAGUCGGCGGAGCGGGUGAGAUCGUCGCAGUCCUCGGACUAUGUAAGUCACGGCAAGGACAAGGCGUUGGCUCCGAAGAGCUGGCGUAAUCUAUGA